AAAAAUAAAAUCAUAAAUUGAGAAGAAAAAAAAAAUCAAAUCUCUAUAUGAUUGUGUGCCAAAAGUGUCGCGUGUGUUUAGUCGUAGAAAGUGUAGUUUAGUAUUGAAAAUCAUAUAAGUGUUUAAGAUCUGUGAGUGUUUUUUACACAAUUUCGGUGCGUGCCAUUUUAAGAUUUCAACGAAUUUUCCAACAACAACGAGGACACAGCAUAUCAAUGCAACAGCAACAAUUAAUAAGAUUUAAUAAGUAGUGUCACAUUCAACGAAAAGUGAAUAAAAUAAAAAAAACUUUAAGAAUUAAUUCAAUUUAUCUAGAAUUCUGUCAUUACUGUUGGCGUUAAAAGCUUUCAAAUGCAUUCCACGACAUGUGGUAUUGGUGCCAGCACCAGUACUAGUAACUCAUCUUCAGCUGCCAUGCAAUCAGCUGAUGGCUUAAAAAUGGGACUCAGCAAUAAUGAUGAUGCUAUGAACAAAAUUCCUUUGAAAUCGGUAACAGAUGAUGAUGAGAAAAAUGGCGGUGAAUUUAUACAUGAUACAGCAACAGCUGAAGAAGCGAGGCGAGAGCAAAGGAGAGUGAAAUUAUUAAAUUUAAUGAAAAAAUUAACCAUAGGUAUCAUAUGUUUUAUUGGCAUUGCCUUAAUUAGUUACGUUAUCAUCAGUUUAUGUUUUAGUGAAUGGCCAAAAUCAACAAGCACAAAUCCCCUCAAAUAUUUAGACAACAAACAUUUCAAUACAACAACUACAACAACCACCACCACCACUCCAAUAAUCACCACCACCUCCACUACUACCUCCAAUACAGCAACAAUAAUAACUCCUUCUAAUAACCCACCACAACCACUACCACCCUCUGCUAGUCCUAUACAAAGUUUACCCUCAACCUUUAAAUCUUCUUUUUUAUCAGAUGAUAACAAUACAACAACAACAUCAGCUACAUCCGCAAAUAAUACACUAACAAACUCAACACUUCACGCUGCUUCAAUAGUAGGUACAACACAGGCCGACACAGAUGCCGCAGCCGCAGCAGCAGCUGCUGAUGACAUUGCCACCUUAAAUGUAACUCAACCCACCGAUGUGGCAUCUGCAACAGGUAAUGAUGCUGUCACAAAAGCCUCCAUAGAUGCAACAGCUACACUGGCAACACCAACAACCACCACCAAAACGGAGGUUCCAUUACUCAGGGAUAUACCCAUUUUAGAAGAAAACUUCACCUCAACAUUGGGUGUAUUUCAACAUGCCGCCGUGUGUUCGGACAAACCUCUUUGCAGUAAAAUUGGCAGUCAAAUCCUGCAAGAUGGUGGCAGUGCUGUAGAUGCUGCCAUUGCAUCACUACUAUGUGUUGGCAUUACCACUUUGCAGAGCAUGGGCAUCGGAGGUGGCAUGUUAAUGAACAUCUACGUUAAAAGUCACAAGCAGGCGUUCUCGGUAGAUGCCAGAGAAGUAGCACCCUUCGCUGCCACUCAAGAUAUGUUCGAAGAUGAUAUCAAAUUAUCACUGCACGGAGGUUUGUCAAUAGCUGUGCCCGGUGAACUAAUGGGUUAUGACAAAGCUCAUAGUAAAUUUGGUAAGCUGCCAUGGAAGAAAUUAGUAGAACCCUCGUUGAAACUGUGCAAGGAAGGUUUCUAUAUGACAAAGCAUUUGAAUGCAGCCUACACGAGCAAAUUCAACAGAACAAUCAGCAAUGAAAUUUUAAGCAAAGUCUUUGUUAAUGAGACCACCCAAAAGAUACAUCCUGUCGGUACAAAAUUAUAUCCCCUGCCCGAAUUGUGUAACACCUACGAAUUAUUGGCCACCAAGGGAGCUCGUGACUUCUAUAAUGGUACUUUGGGUAGAUUAGUGGCUGCAGAUUUAAAAGAUUUGGGUAGCUUGGUGACCUAUGAUGACUUGGAAUCAUAUGGAGCUGAUAUGGUUAGUUCGGUUACCAUGCAAUUGGGCGAUGAUAUUUUGCAUGCCAUACCGCCCAUUAGCAGUGGCACAAUUGUGGCCAAUGUCUUAAGCAUUUUGGAAGGUUUCAAUUUCACCCAAGCCGAUCUGCUAGACACAGAACAUCGUGCCACUGCCAUACAUCGUAUUGUGGAGGCUUUGAAGUUUGGUUAUGCCAAGCGCUGGGAGUUGGGAGAUGUGAGAUAUAAUGAUGUUAGAGAUUUGGUCAGCCGUUUAACGAAUCCCGAAACUGGCAUACAAUUAAGAAAACUCAUUAAUGAUAGCACAGUUUUGAACAAUGUUCACGAAUAUGGAGCCCAAUUCUCUGAGGAAGAUGACAUAGGCACUAGUCCCUUAGUGGUAAUGGCAGCUAAUGGAGAUGCCGUGGCUGUAACAUCAACAAUAAAUGACUAUUUCGGUUCCGGUCAGGUUGGCAAACGCACCGGCAUUAUAUUUAACAGUGCCAUGAAUGAUUUCUCAACGCCCGGUCAUAAAAACAACUUCAACUUACCACCCUCGCCUAGCAAUUUCAUAGGUCCUCAAAAACGUCCCAUGUCCUCGAUGUCACCCAUGAUUUUGACCGAUCCUAAGGGCAACGUCCGAUUGGCAGUGAGUGCGGCUGGUGGUGCGAAAAUUAUUUCGGCCAUCGUUGAUGUUAUGUCCAGAGUUUUGUGGUUUAAUCAAAAUAUUAAGGAGGCCAUUGAUGCACCCAGAUUCCAUAGUCAAUUGGUGCCGAAUGUUUUGGAAUAUGAGCAGAGUUCAUUCUUUUCAGAGGAAAUUUUAAAACUACUUGCUGACAAAGGACACGUUUUGAAAGCUAGCACUGCACCCGGCUCAGUAUUAUGUGGUAUUGUCAAAAAUUCGACAGCUAUUUAUGCAAAUGCUGAUUAUCGAAAACAAGGUGGCAUUGCUGGUUACUAAAAUUUAAUGAAAUCGUACCAAAAGCCACCUUCUAUUGUAUAACAAAUAAAUAAACAAACAAAAAUUUUAAACAAACAAAUUUAACAAACAACCAACCAAUAACAUCAAAACAACAACAACAAAACAAAAUCUCAAUUAAAUGUGCUUUAUAUUUAAAAUAAUUAAAGAAAACUCUAAACAAAUAAAUAGUAUUUAAACUAUACAUCCUUUUUGUAAUGAUAUUAAUAAAGUAAAUAUACUGAAAACAAAUAUUUAUUUAUUGAA